UAUUGAACUUGGGAUAAUUCUCCUCAACCCUUUUCUCGAUUCUCUUCCCUUCGCGCGGUCCUUUGAUAAUACAUUCGCCAAGAUUUGUGAAGGUGCAGCUUUUGUAAUUUACGUUCUCCACUCUCACCCACUCUGAAGCAGAAGGAACGGAAUUUGAAAAGUGAAGCAAGUCAUCGAAGAUUGUAACAAAGAAGAACAAGAAGAAGAAAAAGGCAGAGGAGGUGGCACGAGUCGAAAGCCUCACAAGGUCUUUUCUCAGUUUCUCUCUCCCGGUGUGUUUUCAAUGUAAAUACAAUCUUUCUUUUUCUCUCUCUCUCUCUAAUGGACCAAAUUUCGGAACAUUUGUAAAAAUGUACUUCCACGUGCUCGAGAUUGACAUAUAGAAAAAAAAAAAGAAAAAAGAGAGGCAUGAUAAUAUUUCAAAUCACGACGAUCACAAAAAUUUGCACCGUUUAUAGAGCAAAGAUUUGAAUUUGCGAUGACACACGAUACCCAGUUGGGCAUCGUGGUCUAGACAUUGACCGACGCCAAGGGAACAAACUCGCGGGACGAGUUCUCCGAUUUCUGUCUCGGGCAUUCAUCCAUGCGGCAGGAAUCGCCGACGCGAUGAACGGCAAGGGCUUUCAAACCUGUCGUUCAGUGUAUUCGACUUCUUGGACGAAAGCCGUGUUUUUUGACGAAAAAAGGGAGAUCCUUAACGCACCCGUAAUUUUUCGGCUGCAUUAAAAAAAAACAAAAAAAAAAAUUACCCUCCACAGAGAGCAAGCAUGUCUUACAUCUCGUAUCGUCUCGCAACGAUCACUGCUGCGGUUAUUUUCGUUUUGGUGAUACUUUUGCUGAUUCUUUGGACUGGUUUCUUCAGUAACACCACUGGUAUUGCCGGGGCGUUUGACAAGGAUCAAAGCGCCGCUCCCAUCGUUCAUCAACAAUCCAACAACACUGACAAGCGACACGAGGAUGAACGCCAGGAAUCGCUUGUGUCACAUCGAUCUGUCGCCGCCACCGUCGCCGCUCCCCUGGAAUCAAACACAACAGAUAUUAGCAAUGAAGUCUUACGUCAACCAAUAAAAGAUGCCACAAGAAGACAGGAAAACAGCGACGCAAAGUUCACAUUCAAUUCCAAGGGCGAAAUUUUACCCACCAAUAAAGGAGACCUGGAAUAUGUCAAUUUAUUUAAAGUCAGCCGAAAUCGUUACGAGGAUCCACCUGAUGAAUAUUCAUCUCAUAAAAGACAUCACAGUGGUCAUUUUCGGCAUAAAAGUGCAAAAGUUUGGGAUCCACAUCCUCAAUAUGAAUUCACAGCUUUUGGACGACAUUUUCAUUUGCUUCUCUCUCUUGAUUCUAGUUUCGUUUUUCCAGGCUUGAAGAUCACGCACGUAAGAAAAAAUACAAGCAAGUGGGAACACGCGGGUCAACACCUGGAUUGUUUUUACAGAGGAGAAGUGGAUGGUGAUCCUAAUUCAAUUGUAGCUGUUAAUUUAUGCGGUGGAAUGACAGGACAUAUGACAACGUCAACAGGAAGUUACCUCAUUAAGCCUGCGAAGCAUUGGAGUGACUACGAGGAAACAUCCACCGAAUCAUCCUCAUCAUCAUCAUCUUUGCAACAUGCGAUCUAUAGGACUCCAUCCGCGGAUUUGACUCUUACGAAUGAUCUGCCAAGAAACCACGAGUGUGGUGUCAUCGAUUAUGCGGAAAACAAUCCAACUUUGUCUUUUGACGACAGUUCUGAAAGGAGAGUUUACGUUGGAGAUCAACAACACCGGAGGCGGAAACGACGACUUUUAUGGAAGAACACGUCUUCUGAUGAUUUUGAAAAGCAGGACACUCCCAUCCGGAAUCAAAGUCGAUACGAAUUGAUGGGGCGAAGUAAAACUUAUCCAAGCGAAAAUGAUCGUAACUGGAGUCACCAGUCAGACGAGGCCGAUUUCGAUAAUUAUGGUGGCUGGAGAACACGCAGGGCUAUUUCACGUGAAUAUUUCGUUGAAGUUCUAAUUGUCGCUGAUUCCAUGAUGUCCGAAUAUCAUGGAGAUGGUCUUAUCAGUUAUAUUCUCGUACUUAUGAAUACGGUAACUCGUAUUUAUAAAGAUCCAUCGAUUGGUAAUCCAGUAAGUAUUGCAGUGGUGAAAAUAAUCAGUACAGACGAGGUAUUUUUUACAAAAAAACGAGAUGCCGAUGGAAUCUCUGCAUCGGAAAUGUUGAAAAAAUUUUGCUCUUGGCAAAAACGUAACAAUCCUGAUGAGCCAUCGGGUGAACAUCAUGACAUCGCAGUUCUUCUGACAAGGGAAAAUUUGUGCCACAAUAUUGACAAUAAAAAUUGUAAUACACUUGGUCUUGCCGAACUUGGCAGAAUGUGUUCACCCGGAUCCUCGUGUGCCAUUGUCCAGGACAAUGGAUUGUCAGCUGCAUUCACCAUCGCUCAUGAAAUUGGUCACGUAUUCAAUAUGCCACACGAUGAUGAUAGUAGAUGUGCAAGAUUUAGAAAUAUGUCGGGCAAAUCUGAAACCUAUAAUGUCAUGUCUCGAAUGAUGGAUGACAACUCUUAUCCAUGGGAAUGGUCCAAAUGUUCACGUCAUUACAUUACUGAAUAUCUCGACGCAGGAUAUGCACAGUGUUUAUUAGACGAACCGAGUAAAACAAUAUCAAAAUGGAGCAUUAAUCGUUUUCCUGGCGAAGUUUUUACCGGAGACGAACAAUGUGAAUUAAUUUUUGGAACUGGGGCAAAACUCUGCUCCCACGAGCCUCAGGAUGUGUGCAAGAGAUUAUGGUGUACCGCUCCGCUCUAUGAUACAACGGAAGACUGUCACACGCAACAUAUGCCUUGGGCCGAUGGAACAAAUUGCGGUGAAAAUAAAUGGUGUCAUCGGGGCGAGUGUGUAUCACGUCAAAAUUUGAGACCCAUUGACGGCCAAUGGGGUAAUUGGGAAAAUUAUGGAGAAUGCUCACGAACAUGCGGCGGUGGAAUUAAGAAAAAAUUUCGCGAAUGCAAUAAUCCACCACCACAAAAUGGUGGUAAUUAUUGUGUAGGAGAACGUGUUAAAUAUAAAAAUUGUGGAACAAAAGAAUGUCCAUUGGAAACUCCUGAUUUUCGAGAAGAGCAGUGUGCAGCGUUCAAUAAUGAUAAUUUGGAUAUUCGAAAUCUUCCCCGCGAUGUCACGUGGCAUGCAAAGUACACGAGAAUACUUCCGGAGGACAGAUGUAAAUUGUACUGUCAAGUGGAGAGUAAUCAGUACUAUAUGCUACGAGAUAAGGUAAUAGAUGGAACGCCCUGUGGACCAGAUACCUUUCACAUGUGUGUCAAUGGACGUUGUCAGCCUUCGGGUUGUGAUCACAUUUUAAAUUCAUCGGCGAAAAUGGAUUCAUGCGGUGUUUGCAAAGGUGACAAUUCAUCCUGUCAGAGAAUUACCGGUUCGUUUAAUUCCAGCUCCUAUGGAUACACAAGAGUCACGAAAAUUCCCGCCGGUAGUAGCUUCAUUGAAAUCAAACAAUACGGCUGGGAAGGAUUGCACAAUGAUUCCAAUUAUCUUGUUUUACGGUAUGCUGAUCGAGAGGAAUAUAUUCUGAAUGGAAAAUUUAUGGUAAUGAAUCGAAGAGUAAUAAUGAGACCGGAAAUGACAAUUGAAUACAGUGGACCCGAGGCAAUAAUUGAACGUCUCAAUAGUUCGAGACCAAUUAAAGUUGAUUUAAUUUUGGAGGUGCUUUCGGUGGGAAAAAUAUCACCACCUCAGAUUACUUACGAAUACACGGUGCCAAAGAAAGUCCUGGAACGAUACACUUGGAUUCUUAGCGGUUGGUCUCCAUGUAGCUUGAGUUGUCAGGGAAUGAAAUAUCGUCGCGCCGAAUGUAAAGGUACUGAGCGCAAAGAUGUCGUUCCCGAUGGUUAUUGUCGAGCUGAUGAAAAACCCAGAGAAGAAAGUCAAAUCUGCAAUAAUCAUUGUCUCUUUCAAUGGCAAAUUACAUCGAAAUCAGAAUGUUCAAGUCAUUGUGGCAAUGGAACGCGAUCAGUCACCUAUCGUUGUGUUCAUAUUUUACAUAUGAGUGACAAAAGUAAAACGCAUCAACUUCCUGACUAUAUUUGUUCACAUUUGGAACGACCAAAGGAAAAAGAGCCAUGCAUUGGAUCGUGUCACGAUCUUCGUUGGAAUUAUGGUGCUUGGGGUACAUGUUCGGUGACAUGCGGUGGUGGAAUUCAAAGAAGGUCAGCGAACUGUAUUGACUCCAAGGGCAGACCUGUGCCUGAUGAAAAAUGUUCAACUCAAGAGAAAAUAGUGACAAGUGUCUGCGGACAAGAAACGUGUCCAAGAUGGGACUUUGGUGAAUGGAGUCCGUGCUCGGUUACCUGUGGAUUAGGAAAACAACAAAGGCCUUACUGGUGUCAGGUGGAAAAUCGUGUUGUUCAUGCAAAUUAUUGUAGUGGAUCACCUUCACAGAUAUCGAAAGUUUGUGAUGCAGGUCCUUGUUAUAAGUGGCACUCAACUGAAUGGACACCGUGUUCAGUUUCGUGUGGCGAAGGAAUACGUAAACGAGAAGUUACAUGUCGAGAUGCAAAUAAUGUGAUUAUGAAAAAAUCAAAUUGUGAAUUUGCAAAACAACCAAUGGAAACAUCAAGUUGCGUGAUGAAUCUUUGCCCUACUGUUCAAACAUUGCCGUCUAUUAUUUCAACGUUAAAAUCACCGCUUGACGAUCCAUCGGACCACGAUAAUGAUGUGAAUCACGAAAGUGUUCCUUCUCACAAAAUAUAUAAAUGGCAUUCGGAAUCUGUAGACGAGGUAUCGAGAAGAAGACACUGUAAUGUUUAUCCGUGUCCUCUUUGGAGUACAGGAGAAUGGAGUCAGUGCGACGUGGCGUGCGGUGAAGGUUAUCAGUAUCGUCAAGUUCGAUGUCGAAGUUCAAGAGGGACAAUUUUACCAGACAAGGAGUGUGUAAUAAAACAAAGACCUCGUCAUUUGAGAAAAUGUGAAAAGCCACCAUGUAAUCCAUCGAUGGACAAUUCUUUUCACAGAUGGCGAACUUCCGAUUGGAGUACUUGUUCGUCGGAAUGUGGAGAAGGAAUUCAACGUAGAAAUGUGACAUGCCAUUUGGUCAAUGCCUAUGGAUGGCUUGAUUCAACUCCAAUUAAUGAAUGUCCAACAACUGAAAAACCAACUGAACAACAGUCAUGUAAAAUCAAAGAUUGUGAAUAUUAUUGGACAGCUGGCAAUUGGAAGAAGUGUAGUCAUCUUUGUGGGAGAAAAGGUCGACAAGUGAGACGAUUAUUUUGUCACAAUAAAGAUGGAAAAAAAGUGCCACGAUACAAUUGUCCCAAGGAAUUAAAACCACCACGAAAGAGAAAAUGUAAUCAACGUCGAUGUGGUCCUACAACAUGUACAGAAAUGCAAAAAAGAUUUAGAUCAACAAGAGAUGGUGAAUAUAAUCUUAUUAUCGGUGGAAGAAAUAUGUCUAUUUAUUGUUAUGAUAUGACUGGUAGAGAACCUAAAGAAUAUAUAACACUGCCUGCUGGUGAUAAGGAAAAUUUUGCCGAAAUUUAUGGCAAAAGAUUACGAAAUCCCCAGACUUGUCCCUUUGGUGGACAAAGAAAUGAAAGUUGUCACUGUGUGACAGAUCCAGGAACUAUUGCUGGAAUUACAGCAUUCAAGCGAGUGCGAAUAGAUGUCAAUAAAUUUUUUAUCAUAGCUGAUGACUACAGAUUUUCUUGGACAAGAGGCUCAAAACGUGUGGAAUUUGGAAAGGCCGGCGAUUGUUACAGUUUGGCUAAUUGUCCUCAGGGUCGAUUCAGCAUUAAUUUAACUGGAACUUUCUUCAAAAUAUCGCCUCAAGUUUCAUGGAGUACACAAAAAUCGAGAGCUUUCCUCUCAAUUAACCGAAUAAAUGAUCAAUUAAUUGUUGGUAAAUGUGGAGGCUAUUGUGGAUUUUGUGCGCCUAUGUCUGGUUUAAAACUAGAUAUUCUGCCGCCAUAGAAGUUAAAAAAAUUUCUAGGAAUUUAUAAUCAUUUUAUCAGGAUUAAAGAAAUCCAACAAGAAAUUUAUACUGAGAAGUCAAAAAAAGAAAAAAAUAUGAAAGAAGCUCGAGAAGCAGACUGCACGUCUUUAUGGCGAAAUGUACAUAUUCGUGCCAUAUAAGUCUUCACCAAAAAAAAAAAAAAAAAAAGAAAAAAAAAUGAAAAGUAUGAAAAAAUGAACUGCGUGCGUGUUCGUGUCGAAUGAAUAAUGAAAAAAAUACCAGUUUCAGAAAAUAAGAAAGAGAAAAAAAGCUCCAACUUCCAUUUCUUCUUGUAAAAAGAAGUUACUUGAAUUUUAUUUACAUUAAUCGCUCUAGAAAUUGUAAAAAGGAAUCAUUAAGUACUGUAAAAUAUUUCAAAUAUUAAAAAAAAAAUUCCAAAUGCGCCCAUGACGUCGCACAAGCAAUCAUCAUUCUUCAGAAUUGCGCUUUUUUCAUUUUUUAUUUAAAAGAUUUCUGAAUUUUUCAAAAAUUAGUUACAAUUAAAAUUUUUAUAUUUAUAACAUUGAUCACAUAUUUAAUUUUUAUUUUCAAAUCGAAUUUAAAAUUUUUUUAUCAGUUUUUGAUUUUUGUAAAUUUUCACCCACUAAAGUAAGUAACUGAAAUGACAAUAAUAAUAAGUAAAAAAAAGAUAAGCGCAUUUAAUUUAUAUUUAAGAAUGAUUUUUGUUCUCGUAUUGUUUCGUUCUUAACUAUUAUUUUUACUAUUUAACAUUUUAAUAGUAGUUUAAGAACAACUAUACGCAUAUACAUAUUUGCUGAGACCGAUUUUUUUUUUAUCGUCUCUUUAUUGCCAUGAGUACUUGUAAUACAAAUUUCCAAGUAGAAAUUCAUUACAAGAAUGCAUUUGUACUAGUCAUUUAUUUACGAAAAAAUUAAAAUAUCUAUUUUUUUUUCAAUUAGAAAAAUUGUCAGUGUCAUAUAAUGCGAUACUUUAAAAUUUGUUUGUAUUUAGAAAAAUAAGAACAAUUAGUAAACUUAAAAACAAAAAUAAAUCAAUUAAACAAAAAUUAAUUACUUUUAAAUUAAUUAAUUUAAACAAAAAAAAACAAUUAGUUAAUUGAAUGUUGUAAAAAAAAGACUCUCUUAGCGAGUAAAUUGAUAAAUUAUUAUUUAGAACCUACAACAAAAUAAUACACUGCCAUAUUUGUUUAUCGUGGCCUUUUGGCCCUAUUAGUAUUUAUUGUACAAUCGUCCAUUUGCGCUUUUAACAAAAAUUAUACAUGUAUGCAAUCUUGUAUAAAAAAAAAAUCGUUAGUUUAAUUUUAGAUUAGAAUUGAUUUAUGUAAUUUUUUUCAUUACAAGAAAAAUCAUGA